AUGAAUCGAGGUAAAUCAAGAAGCAGUGAAACUCAUAUUUCAUGUAACUCUUCAUCUUCUGUUGAAAAUAAUGAUAAUUCGUCUUCAAAUUGUCUUGAAAAUAGAGAAUUCCAGGACAAUUCUUCUGAUCCUCAUAAAGUUAAUCACUAUCCAAGUUGUAAAUCUUCUCUAAUAAAAUCUUACAAAAUUCCUAGAAUCUCGAAAUCACAAAUAGAUCCGUUGAUGCAUGCAGUUGAGGAGAAUUUGCGUCAAUCUAAACAAAGGGAAAAAGAAGACAAGACCGAACUGAUCUCAAGUGAAACCACGCUCACUCCGCCACUAAUAACGAAUAUGACAAGCAACGAAGAGACUUUAAAUAAUAACCUGGUCGACGAAGUACCUAAAAGAGUGGAAAAUAUGAUAUCGAGAUUAGACCAAAUUAAUCUAAUUACGAAGGUUAAGGCUGUGCAAUUUAAUCCUGAAAUGACCAUAUCAAAUAUUGUUCGAGAAUUGGUCUUUCAUGAUAAGGCUACAAUAAGGCACCGAAGGUACUGCAUACUGUGUGAACGCUGGUUCCCUUCAACACUUCGGCAUCGACGUCAUUUAGCGGGAUAUCAACAUCGGCAUACGGAAUUGACACAACGUCGAGCAAUACACAUACUGUUCCUUAUAUUUACUGGGAAACUCUGUCCCAAGCUUCUACCUCCAAAUGUAGUGAGAACCGAUUGCGUCCCAGGAGAACUUACACCACUACAAAUAGCAGUACAGGAUUUUGCUACAGUUUUUGAUGGGAUGCAACAAAUCUCUGAUAAACAGGGAAAUGAGAAUAAAAAAUAAAAAAAAUUGAAAAAAUCAAGUAAUUACACUCUAGUUUUUUGAAAGUAUUUGCAGUGGAUUUUUGCACGAUCUAAGAAUAUAAAAAAAAAGUUAAAACUGGCUCUAGGUGCAACUCUAGACAGGGUUUAACAACGUGUACCCAUAGUCGUGCAUCUUAGUUCUUUUUAACCAAAGACAUUUUAGAAUCAGAAGGGGGUAUACUAUAUACAUACAUACAUACACACA